AUGGUUCUGACAAUGUGGCUAUCAACCAAGCUGGACGUCCAGCAAGAGUUCACCCACUACUCACCACACCGCACCGCACCCACCCACAAGAUCAUCAUCCGAAAGAAACUAGGUAGCAGCAAUACGAGCAAAUCAAAGCGCACUCCUCCUCUCGACCCUCGCAAAAGGAAGAAUUUCCCCCUCAUGCGGAAGGAUACCGCUCCCUGUUUGGGCUCCCCAAUGCAGACGAUGUCCUGGGUCUCGCCACUGGUCAACACAUUGCGCUGCGCGCGACUAUCAACGGUCAAGUGUUUCACGUUCGUAUACCCCCGUCUCAAACAAUACCGGCUUGGGGCGUAUCGAGCUGUUGGUCAAGGUAUACCCGCAGGGCCAAGUGACGAAACACCUCAAGUCAAUGCAAAUCGGGGACGUGUUUGA